ACAGUGCACGAGGACUGUGUGACGAGAAACUGUCCAGUGGGACAACUUGGGACCGCGCGUCAAUUCUUUGCGUUUAGUCGGUUUUUAACGGAUUUUAAAAGCUUCAUUCUUUUCCCCCAGAACUGACUGACGUCAACAGAAUAAUAGGGGUCUAAUGUGUAUGAGGUCAUCACCCCACCACCUUCAGGGACCAUGCCCUGUCUCCAUAGCAACUUCUGGCCCCAGGUUGGCCCAGAGUGAGUGUGGGUCAAACCAGGCCUAAGCAGGCCUGACGUGGACCAGACCAGGCUGAGGUGGGCCCGAAGCAGGCCAGAGUGAGGCAGAGACAUCAUGCACCAGCUGUUUGGCCUGGUUCUCGGCCAGAGGGACCUGUCGCGGGCUGGAGACCUCUUCUCCCUAGAAGACUCUGAGAUAGAGGACUGUCUCUCACAGGCCCUGGAGGAAAUCAAGGCUAUCUCCUGCUCUCCUGACUACCUGACCAAUGACAAUGACCAGGCGGUGGUGGAGAUCUGCAUCACGCGCAUCACCACGGCGAUCAGGGAGACGAGGUCCAUCGAGCGCCAUGGGGGGGCGUUAGUGAGUCUGUGGGAGUCCUGUCUGGAACACAACCUCACCCCCCAGGGCAAAGACGAAGACACACCCCAUGCCAAGAUAGCCUCCGACAUCACCAGCUGUAUACUGCAGAACUACAGUCGUCCCCCAGUGAUGGCUCUAGCAGUGCCGGUGGCAGUGAGGUUUCUGCAGAGAGGCAACAGAGAGCUCAGUAGGAACAUGUCCAGUUAUCUCUCUCUGACUGCCAUGGAUAAGGCUGAACUACUGGCAGAACACACAGAGGCUAUCACCUGCAGCGUCCUGGGAGGUAACCACAUGCUCCUACGCGUGCUGCCGUCCGUCUACCCCAAACUGCCCCAUGCCAUCCAUCGUCACCUAGGCAACCUGACGGCCAUGAUGUCACAGCUCGAGUCACCGGAGCAACAACACCUGCUGAGGCUGAUCCAGAUGGUCGCCGAACAACAGCCACAGGUGCUGAGCCCCCUGGUGCCCUCCCUGGUUGGUUACCUAGGCGAUACCUCUCUGAACGAGACCCUACUGGCUGCGCUGGUGUACGUGUCACAGGCUAGCCCCGCCUCCAUGGCCCCCUUCCUGCCCACGCUGAGGGUUGUGGGUCAGCAGUACCCAGUCCUGCUGGGACACGUGGUUAAAAUACACAGAGCUGUGGGCUUGACCAGUGAGUGUCAGGCCCGUAGCUCGCUGGUGUACCUAGUGUCUCUACUGGGCAGUAUGGAUCACAGCUUCCACCACACUCUCCUGCUGGAGAUCAGAGCCCUGACUGACAGAUACACCUCCAUCCUGGGAGGCUGCGCCAAAGACAUCUACAGGAUGAGUAACAGCUUCACCUCCAUAGCCAGACUACUGGGGAGAAGACUGGAGACAGACACUACUAUCAACUGCAGGGUUGAAGAGGAAUCAGAAGGUCUUUCUUCCCCUUGUAUCUCAGAGGCCAGUGUGUGUGGGGGUGCGGGGGUGUGUGGAGGGGGAUCAGAGCAGCGACUGCAGGUGAAGAUCCAGGCGUUUGAGGAGAAGAUGGGGGAGGUGGGGGGAGAGGGGUCACCUACACCCCAACGCAGAAACAGCAUGGGACAAGCCACUAGAGAGAAACACAGAGAGAUGAGGUUUAACAGGUCAAAGAGUCUGGCUCUGCAAGCCGUGAGGUCACGGUCCGUCAACUCUGACAGCGGUCAGGAUGGAGAAGGGGUGGAGCUAACAUCUGACGCAUUCCUCUCAGAAUCCCCACCCAAUCAGCAAACAGAAGCCUUAGAUACCUCUCCCACUGAGAGGAAACUAACCAAUGAGAACUCCCUGUCUCCCUCCACCCCUCCAGCCACGCCCCGUGAGGAACAGAGGGAUGGACAGGGAGAGGGGGAAGGAGGGAGAGGAGGAGGAAUAGGAGAAAGGAAAGAGGACAAGCUGUACAGCCACCUGAGGGACAACAUGGAGAAGAUCAAAGAGUUCUGUUCUGAGAUGGUUCAACAGAUCCCCAUACCAGAGCACUGUGUCAUAGAAGACUCAAGCCACGGAAGUGUGGCGAAGCUGUCGUUCUCCUGCCCUCUGAAGGGGCGUUACUGUCUGUAUACCAAGUCCUGUUUCACCCUCACCAGCCUCCAGCCACACCUCUGGAUCAACAUCAUGCUGCUUCACCUCCAGAGUCAGCACAGCGCUCCUCUCUCCUCUCUGGAUGACUGUGUGCGGAGGUUGGGGAGACUGUGGGAGGGGACCCAGCUAAAAGGAGCUCACAGCUUCUCCAUGGCCAUGACCCAACAGCCCACUCCACACAAAAAGGACCUGGAUAGUCUGCAGAUCCAUCUGCAGGAGGUGCGUUUCUUUCACCUGUUUGGAUUCAGUGAAGAGGAGGGCAGCUGGCUCUGCUAUAUGUGCAACAACCCAGAGAAGGCCACAGUGGUGAACGAGGAUGGCCAGCCGCUGAUAGAGGGGAAACUGAAGGAGAAGCAGGUUUGCUGGAAGUUCAUAAAACGUUGGAAGACUCGCUACUUCACCCUGGCAGGAAACCAACUCCACUUCCGGAAGGGGAAAUCAAAGGAUGAGCCAGACGACAGCACCAUUGAGCUGAGCAAAGUGCAGAGCGUCAAGGUGGUGGCUAAGAAGCGACGUGAGCGGGGUCUCCCUCGGGCCUUUGAGAUCUUCACGGACAGUAAGACGUACGUCCUGAAGGCUCGUGAUGAGAAGCAUGCUGAGGAGUGGCUCCAGUGUAUUAAUGUUGCCGUGGCCCAGGCCAGAGAGAGAGAGAACAGAGAGGCCACCACCUACCUGUGACCUUGUGACCUGGAAGAUAUUCUACCGUGACCCGUUCCUGACCCAGAAACACAACACACAGCCCCGCACUACUGUACCAUCGACUAACAACAGUCCUGUGAUGUCCACGGUUUCUGAUCAUCUGACAGUCCAGUGAUAUCCACUGUUUCUGAUCAUCUGACAGUCCAGUGAUAUCCACUGUUUCUGAUCAUCUGACAGUCCUCCGAUAUCCACUGUUUCUGAUCAUCUGACAGUACUGUGAUAUCCACUGUUUCUGAUCAUCUGACAGUCCUGUGAUAUCCACUGUUUCUGAUCAUCUGACAGUCCUGUGAUAUCCACUGUUUCUGAUCAUCUGACAGUCCUGUGAUAUCCACUGUUUCUGAUCAUCUGACAGUCCUGUGAUAUCCACUGUUUCUGAUCAUCUGACAGUCCAGUGAUAUCCACUGUUUCUGAUCAUCUGACAGUCCUGUGAUAUCCACUGUUUCUGAUCAUCUGACAGUCCUGUGAUAUCCACUGUUUCUGAUCAUCUGACAGUCCAGUGAUAUCCACUGUUUCUGAUCAUCUGACAGUCCUCCGAUAUCCACUGUUUCUGAUCAUCUGACAGUCCUGUGAUAUCCACUGUUUCUGAUCAUCUGACAGUCCAGUGAUAUCCACUGUUUCUGAUCAUCAUAUCAGCCAGCUGUGGGGCAGCUGAGACUGAUAUCCAGACAUCAUUGUCAGCAUUUUUGGAGAGUCUAUCUAUAUACAUUUUAUAAAGGCUAUUGUUUCAGUAUUUAAAAGCAAUAAGGAUCUUACUAUAACUAAUGACCUUCUAUUUCCAGCAAAAGCAAUCAACAUACUAAACCUAGCAAUAAAAGCUCAAUAUGAACAGCAUUAUAGAACUGUCUUGGCCGAGACAGUGAAGAUUAAGAAGCCUUAAUGGACAGCAGAUGAGAACGUUCUAGAACAAACAAACAAACAAGAGUUAGUGCUAUUAGCAUUUGAGGCAGUAGAAUUUAUUAAUAUUACCGUCAUUUCAACAGCAACAAAAACACUGGUGUUAUAUAGUGAGUUCCAAAAGUAUUGAGAAAAAAUUACCAACGUCACAAAUAUCAUAACCCCCAGACAUGGUAACCAUUACAAUAACAGUGGAGGUUAGCACUUUUUUGGGAAGUGUGUAACUUUCUCACUCGUCAUUAUUCACGGUUCAUUCAGGACUGUUGGUAUUCAUGGUAGCAUCCACAUUAAUGUAGUAGUGUUUAGAAACAUAUUUUAUUCUUAUUUACAAUAAAAGUGAUUACGAAAUGACACACUACAUUAUUAUUAGCAAUCAUUUCUAUUGGGCACAAAAUAAUCUGAGAAUUUUGAAUUUGUCCCAAUACCUUUUGUCCCCUAAAAUAUGUACAAAAUGUGCUAUAAUUUCUAAAAGGUUGACCCGAUACGGAUGAAAAUCCCCUCAAAUUAAAGCUGACGGUCUGCACUUUCACCUAAUAGUCAUUGUAUCACAUCCAAAGUGCUGUAGUACAGAGGCAAAACAACAACACAAUUUUAACCGUCCCAAUAUUUUUUGGAGCUCACUGUGUGUCAUAUUUGAUAAAUGAUCAGACUAGUCCCCUGGAGGUCUUAGCAGAGGCUCAGAACAACAGGGGUGGAUAUCGGUCACACUGCUGGGGGCAGUGCGUUCUCUCUCCUUCCAGGAAACAUGUUUCUAUGGAGAAACACAUUUAUUGGCAAAGCUAUCGUCUUUGUAUUCUCUCGCUUUUUUUCAUCCAAAAAAAGAGCUUGGUGUGUGUGUGUGUGUGUGUGUGUGUGUGUGUGUGUGUGUGUGUGUGUGUGUGUGUGUGUGUGUGUGUGUGUGUGUGUGUGUGUGUGUGUGUGUGUGUGUGUGUGUGUGUUUACAAUGACAAGCAUUGUUGACAAUUCUGACAUGUCCCUGAAUAAAUACAUUAAACCUGUUGUUUGCAGAA